CCUGAAGUCGUAGUCGAGAAGGGCAGCUAGCGUUAGCGACGUUAUACGGUACAGAGUGUGGGGUGGACUCGUGUGUUUUUAAUCUAUAAAACCCGAAUCCAAACGGGAGGUGGCACAGCGAUGUGCAGCCGUAGACAGCUGUUUCGAGUCUAAAAGACACGCCGGGAUCUCGCUGACCCAAACUGCCUAAGCGUUACUGAGCCCGGGACUAACGUUACACCCCGCUGUCAGAGAUCUAGAAAUCGGGAGAUUCGCAAAUUGAACCGGAGAGGUUUUGUCUCGGUUCGCAGAAUGGGCUCCGCUAACGUUGUUACCUCGGCGGAUAAAAAUCAUGACAGCCGUGCCUCGGAGGUUUUCAACUGCAUUCAGCUGCCGACCGUACCGUUUCGCACUCUUAACUUGGUUCUCGCAGGGAGAUAGUUUAGUGUUAGCUCGUCGGCUAACCUAGCUUGCAGUGCUAGCCAGCUGUCUGACUUUGAGUUUGAAUUGAAACUGUGAGCUGGCUAGAUAGCUUUUUUUGUAAGUUCGUAUUUGUAGUUCUCAGACUAAGCCAAAAAAGGUAUUAAGGUAAAAAAGUAAUUUACAGUUUUUACUGUUUUAAGGUUGCGGUUAUAUCGCUCAUAACUACAGCGUAACUGUUAUUACGUUUAGCUAGCUGUAAGCUUGGUGUAAUAUCGGGUGUUGACGGAACAUUUCAGCAAAGGGCUGUUAAGAUAGAUGCCGAUAGUCCUAACGACAGAUACAAAUUAAAACAAACAAACAAACAAAAAAAUACUACCAGACAGACAUUUGUCUCAUUGCACAUCUAUUGCGCUGAGCAAUUUUGACCAUGGGUUCUUUGAAAGCACUUCAGGAGUGGUGUAGGCUCCAGUGUGAGAACUACAGCGCUGUGGACAUUAAUAACAUGUCAGCGUCCUUCAGAGAUGGCUUAGCCUUCUGUGCGAUAAUACACCGACACAGGCCAGACCUGAUAGACUUUGACUCCCUCUCUAAAGAGAAUGUGUAUGAGAACAACCGCCUGGCUUUUGAGUUGGCGGAGAGGGAACUGGGUAUUCCGGCCCUGUUGGAUGCAGAGGACAUGGUGUCUAUGAAAGUGCCUGACCGCCUCAGCAUCAUCACCUAUGUGUCACAGUACUACAACUACUUCACCAACAAAUCCCAUGCUAAUCCUCCUUGUAUGAAGAGACCAGGUGGUACAGGCCAGACUGAACCAGCAGUAAAGAGGCCACCCACUCCUUUAGAGGACAGACCGAACAGUGCCGAGUCACGUGAAGACAGCCAAUCGAAACGCAGCACUUUAAGCAGUAUCUGUGCAGCCUGUGGGAAGCAUGUUCACUUGGUGCAGCGCUUCCUCGUCGACGGCAAGCUCUACCACCGCAACUGCUUCAGGUGCAAAGAAUGUAGCAGCACUUUAUUGCCUGGCUCUUACAAACUUGUGGGAGAUGCUGGAUCUUUGGUCUGCACACACCACUUUGCAAGGACUUCUUCAAGCAGUCAGAAUGGUCGUCCAGAUUCGAGCAAGCAGCUUAGCCCAGUGGCGUCGCACUCUGUACCCAAAACUCCUCCCAGUGGGGGGAGAUUGGAAAAUGCACUGCCAGGUUAUUCUGACACUAACAAACUCAACAUCCCAUCAGGGAACAAAACGAAGCCUCUGGAGGAUGAGAGAGAACAGGAUGAAAAAGGAGGGGUGGGAAAAGCCGAGCGAGUCGAGGAUGCCUUGAAAGGAGAGACGAGAUUCCGGCCUUCCAGUCCUCCGAAUCCUUUCGACGAGUCCGACGAAGAGGAAGAGGCCGAGCCAGAACUAAAGGAGGAGCAGCCAAAGCCAGCCCCAGUCGUAGCCAAUAAUGCUCUUCCUCUAGACCCGGAGGCGAGCAUAAGAGUAGAGAAUCGACCAGUGCCCGCCCCUCGAAGGGUGUAUGACCCCUCGCCUCCGGUUCGUCCAGUACCCAGGACACGCCCACCCAGACCCACACAGAGUCCAGCAGUCAAUGGAGACGGUGAUCGCAGACGUUCUGCCCCAGUACCACGUAAUAGAUCACACUCCCCUGCACCUGGUGACUCUCCCAAACCCAAAGACCCGCCCUGGCUGGCUCUUGUCAAACAGGAGCCCAAGAAAAAGGUUGCUCCUCCUCCUCCUCCAGUGGCUAUAGCCACACCUCCACACGCUGCCCCCUCCUCCUUGGUGAAGGAGGAGGAGUCCCGCCCAGCCUCACCUCCUAAUCCCUUCGAUGAUGACGACGAGUCUGUGGCAGAGGUUUUGGCUCUGCCUUCUGUAGUUGCUGUCCACCCGUGGUAUGGGAUUACACAGGCUGCUGAUAUGACUGGAGCAGACACCCCUCCCAGAAAAGGGAGCCCCGCCCCCUCUGGAAGUCCGGGAAGUGCCAAGAGUAAAAAACGGCUAGCACCCAAAGCCCCUAAAUCUGCUCAUACAGCUCUUCCUCCUUCUCAGUCUUCCUCGGCCUGUCCAUCUCCAGCUCUGAGCACGGAGAGCCUCUCCUCCUCUUCAUCAGACCAUGCCCCCAGCCGGCCUGCCGCAGUCCUCCCCCGACAGCCUUCCACUAACGAACAGGGACAUACAGUCACCAAGAGUGUGUCUGAACCAUCAAUCAGCAGCCCUGGCUCCUCACCUUCACUGCCUUCAGCUGAGCUUCAGUCUCACCUCUCGCCUAAUUCCACCCCCCAGCCGCCACACACCAAUACCUGUUCAGCCCCUGCCACUCCAGAGACCAAUAGGAGUGCAGGGCAUAGGGCUAUGAGACCACCUCCUCCCCGGCCCCCAGCUGGUCCUAGUCCACUCAUUGGGUCUACCUCCUCAAAUACACCCAAUAAGCGCAUCUGUAAAGAGAAUCCAUUCAAUCGGAAGGCCUCCCCGACAGUCACCUCCCCCCAGACCAGAAACUCUAAAGGCCCUCGACCUGCUCGCCCCCCUGCUCCCGGACAUGGCUUCCCCCUCAUUAAACGCAAGGUGCACACGGAUCAGUACAUCCCCAUCGAGGACAUCCACAUAGAGAUGGGGGUGCUAGAGAAGCAGUUGGAUGAACUGGAACACACAGGAGUGGAUCUGGAGCACAGGCUCAGGGAGUGCUCUAAUGAGGAAGAGGAGGAGAGGCUGCUGGUGGACUGGUUCACACUGAUUCACGAGAAACACCUACUGGUGCGCCGAGAAGCUGAGCUAGUCUACACGGUGAAGCAGCAGGAUCUGGAAGAGAGGCAAGCAGAUGUGGAGUAUGAGCUCAGGUGUCUCCUGAACAAGCCAGAGAGGGAGUGGAAUGAUGAGGAUCGAGACAGGGAAAAGCAGCUGAUGGCCGAGCUGGUCACCACCAUCGAGCAGAGGAACCAGAUCAUCAACAGCAUGGAUCAAGACAGGCAGAGGGAAGAGGAAGAGGACAAACUAGUGGCUGCUAUGCUGAAAAAAGAGUUCCAUGGUGAGGGGGAGCAGAAGAAGAAGGCUGCCAAGUUUAAACCCAUCAAGGUGCUGAAGAGGCUGAGCACGAAAGGGGAGGUGCCAAAGGGUGGGAGUCCACAGAAGGAGAAGAGCUGAGGUUGCAGAGAGGUGGAGCAGAUGGGAGCAGACGGAGGAGAAAAAUAAAUAAAUGAAAAAGCACAGGAGCGAUUUUCUUUAUCCCUCUUCAUGUUUCAGUGAAUGACAAUAAUGUAAUGAAAUGGUUGUGAGAACAUUUAACAACUGUGGGCUUUUUGCCACCCUCAUCUGCCCUUCCCGGUAUUUAUUAAAACACACUUAUCAUUUUUCUUUUAUCCUUACCAUUAUGUGCAGAUGUAGUAUGAAAUUGGUUAAUGAAACAGGUGGCUGUAGUGAUUGACUAGUAAAUAAAAUGGGUCAUAACUUUUUCUUCUUUUGUUUAAGAAGCAAGACCAGUCUAAACAGAAUGACAUUUACCAUUAAAUGAGUGUGUCAAGUUCCAAAGACGUAAUAAUUUUCACUUGGUCAUUCAUGCAAGGUUUUAGGUUCUACUUAAACUGUAAACUGGGUUCUUUGGUUUUCACGGUGUCUGUAUAACAAUGUGUGAUUGUGCUUUGAAGCAUCUCCCUAGCGCAAAACCUUGACAUUGGAGAUUUGCUUUAUGUGCUUGUUGGUAUGGUUGUAUUCCUGUGCAGUCUGGUGCUUGUCGGAGAAUAGGCUUCCAAUGGUGCUGAUGAAAGCACUUUCGCAGCACUGUAACUCUCCCAUGCCUGCUCUGUCGUUCCUGACUGCAAUUUUCCCAAUAACAGGCCAUUCAUAGAAACUGUAUUGUUGGAGUGGUGCAACUAAACUAGCUUAUUCUAGUGGCUGAAAACUGGGUAUUUUGAGUUGUAUUUUUGGCCAAAUAUCUGUGAAAGAUGUCAUCAGACUCAUGCAAUAAUUUUCCUGUAAUAUUGGGUCACGUUAGUAAUGCAAAUAAUUGGUUAAGAAACUGGAUUACCCAUUAGCUUAGCUAGUAGUUAUAUAAAUGUAGUUAUCCUGAUUAUUACUGUUUGUGUAAAGCAUUUCCAGUGAAACGUAUUUGGUUCUGCAAAACCAGGUCCUAGAAUGUGGGUCUCAUUCAGAGGUGGAAAGCUGAAGUUAGCAAAGUAAAAGUCCUCUUCAGGUCAUCGUCCAAGCCACUUGGAAUUAUUACUUGGCUAAAGCCAACAGGUAGAAAUAUGUUGAACUUCAACUUGCACUGUUCUGGACUUGAGACCCACAUAUAUGUUUAAUUCAUCUGAUGUUUUUAGGACUAAGCUCUCUAAAUGAACAAAACCUUUUUAAAGUAACAAACCACGGUUUCAAGAUAUUUCUAGCAACAAAAAGCUUUUUAAAUAGUAUUUUAACAUGAAGUAAUAACAGAAGUUGCUUACCAAUUGGGGGAAGCCCUGUAGGAAACUAAUUUGCAAUACUUUGUGUAAUUAAAAUUUUUAAAAUUC